UGCGCGCACAGCGCCGCCACCACGCCCGGGGAGGGGGAGCUGUGCCGGCCGCGGAGCCGAGCGGGGCGGCAUGGCCAGCCUGCUUCCCGCCGCCGCUUCUCCCGCCGGCGCCCCGUCCCGCAGCAAGAAGCGCCCGUCGAGCCCAGGCACCGGCGGCGGUCCCGCCAAGAAAAAGAAAGCGGCGGCGCCGGGUAGCUCGCAGGGUGCAGGGGGAGAGGCCAUGAAUGAAAAUAAAUUUCUGAACACAGACUCCAGCACAGGAUCAGUGGAAACUACCGUCAAGCCCUUACCAUUCAAAGAUCCAAACUUCAUCCACUCCGGCAUUGGUGGAGCAGCAGCUGGCAAGAAGAACAGAACUUGGAAGAACCUAAAACAAAUUCUUGCUUCUGAAAGGGCAUUGCCAUGGCAACUAAAUGAUCCUAGCUAUUUUAAUAUUGAUGCUCCUCCUUCCUUUAAGCCUGCCAAGAAAUAUUCUGACAUUUCAGGACUUCCGGCAAAUUACACAGAUCCCCAGAGCAAGCUAAGGUUCAGUACUAUCGAAGAAUUUGCUUAUAUUCGGAUGCUCCCUUCAGAUGUGGUUACAGGAUACCUAGCUCUAAGGAAAGCAACAAGUAUUGUUUCCUGAAGAGACUAAAUAUUGUCGUACAUCGCUUGUGAACAGUGCUAAUUUUGAGCGUCAUGAUGGAAACUGACUGUGGAACUGAGGUUCUUUAAAACUAUCCAUGGAUUUUUACAUCUGGAAGUAGUUGAUGAUACAUGCAUUUGAAGAACAUAUGGAUUUAAUUUUCAUAAAUGCUGAUAUUUGUUAGUUUGCCAAUUUGUUAGCAAUUUGGUUUGGUGAACAGAAUAACUUAGACCUUAAGGAUAUGUAUUUGCACCAUAAUGUCUCAUUUAUAUUAAUUUCUGUAGAGACAGGAUUUCAUCUCCACCCUGUGUAUUUUAUGUACUGCCCUGGCUCAGAAGGAAUCCUCAUCUGAAUCAAGGAAAAGGCACCAAGAUACCCAAACAUCUAAACCCCUUACCAGCUGCGCUUGCCACUUGGCUAUAAAUAAGUUUGUCCCAUCUGUAAAAUGAAGCUAAAAUACCUGGCAAGUACUGCUGUUGUGAUGACUGUUUAUGGUACUGAGCACUGUGGAAAUGAACAGCUUCACACAAAUAUUUCCAUUGAAGCACUGCCAGCAUAAAUAAAGUUGGACUCAUACUUGUUUGUAAAGUACUCUAAUGAAUACACAUAACGGGAUUAAAUCAAAUCGCUGGGUAACUCUUAAUCGUGA